GUCACACAUAUUCGCCUGGUGGAUGACAACGGAAACAUUUACGCUCCUGCCUUCUACAACUACCUGACUGCCUGGACCGCUAAUGACGCCAUGGCAUACGCAGCUUCGAUGGCCAACUUCCAUCCCAUGACAAAAUACUGGUUGCAUGAUCCCAACGACUUAGAUUUUGAAGUCCACAAAUCGCAGCUCCUGAUGUAC